AUGUCUUAUACUAACCUUCUAGUUCGUCUUAUUGAUUUGGCUAAGCCUUUCUUACCUCUCCUUCCAGAGAUUGAAUUACCAUUGGAACAACUAACCUUUGAUGAUAAGGUUAUGUACACAAUUGGUACUUCUUUCUUAUACUUGCUUGCUCAAUUACCAAUCUUUGGUGCUUCCAAAACAACUAAUGAUCCAAUCCAUUGGUUACGUCCAGUUUUCGGGGCUGAACAAAAUACUUUAUUAGAAUUUGGUGUUUUCCCAAUUAUAUCAAGUGGAUUAAUUUUCCAAAUCUUGUCAGGUUUAAAAUUGAUCAAGAUUAAUUUUAAUAAUAGAUUAGAUAGAGAAUUAUUUCAAACUUUACAAAAAGUUUUCGCAAUUUUCCAAUAUGCUAUUUUAACAAAUAUUUUCUUAUUCACUGGUUAUUAUGGUUAUAAUUUAACUUUUUGGCAAUAUAUCUUGAUAAAUUUCCAAUUAAUCGGUACUGGUUCAGUUUUCGUCUUUAUUUCAGAAAUUAUUGAUAAAGGUUAUGGUUUUGGUUCAGGCUCAUUAACUUUUAUCACUAUUAACAUUUCUGCAAAUUUCGUUACUGAUAUUAUUGCAUUAAAUUCAGUCAAAACAACAAGAGGUUAUGAAUCAGUUGGUGCUUUAGUUAAUUUGGUUAAAAAUUUACGUAAUAAACCAUUUAAAAAUGCCAUUUUGGAAUCAUUUACAAGAAGUUAUUUACCAAAUUUAACUCAAGUUUAUUUAACUAUUGGAAUUGUCUUGGUUUUAAUUUAUUUACAAAAUUUUAGAUUAGAAUUACCAAUUAGAUCUAAUAGAGUUAGAUCUGUUUCAAAUGUUUUCCCAAUUAAAUUAUUAUAUACUGGUUCUUUACCUUUAUUAUUCUCAUAUGUUGUUUUAUUUUAUAUUAAUAUCUUGGGUUAUACUAUUGUUAAUUUAGUUUUCAAAAAUGAUUCAAAUCAAAUCAUUGUUAAAAUUUUGGGUCAAUAUAUAACAACAGGUUUUAACUCAAAUUUUAUUGUGGAAAAACCUUCAAUUUUAUAUUUUUUUUCACCAUCAAAAAAUUUAUUUGAAUCAUUAAUUUCUCCAUUAAGAACUAUAAUCUUUUUUGCUACAAUUUUAAUAACUUCAACUUGGUUUGCAAACAUUUGGUCAUCAAUCUCAGGUUCAUCUCCAAAAGAUUUAGCCAUUCAAUUCAAAGAACAAGGUAUUUCAAUUGCAGGUCGUAGAGAUGUUUCAAUUUCAAAAGAAUUACAAAGAGUUAUCCCAGUUGCUGCAGUUUCAGGUGCUGCUAUCUUAGCAACAAUUUCUGAAAUUGGUGAACUAUUUGGAACAAAUGGUAAAAGUCCUGCUAUAAUUGUUGCUGUUGGUGCUGCUUUUGGGUUCUUGGAACUUAUUGCAGCUGAUUUCCAACAAGGUGGUGGUUCUCAAAAUUUUGGUUCAAUUUUUGGUCAAUAA